GUGACAGGUCGGCCAGUUCCGGAAAUCGUCGAGAGUUGUGUUCGAUUUAUCACCAAAUUUGGUAAGUAAGAUAUGCUACAUAUGAUAGUUAGCCAUGAAAAUUGGAUUCAACAGUGCAUAAAGUGGAUGUACAAUAAUUUGAAUAAGCUGAGAUGUUGACCAUUCCGAUAGCAUGAGAUGACCAUUCCGAUAGCAUGAAUAAGCAUGAGAUGUUGACCAUUCCGUGUUUUCAAAGCGAUCUUUAAUUUCCAAGGUAUGGAUCAUCAAGGCAUUUUCAGAGUUCCUGGGUCAAGUACGGAAAUUAACGAUAUGAAAGAAGCUUUUGAAAACGGUAAAUAUAUACAGUACACACUGUAGUAUACAUAUAGCAAGUGUAAUUUACCUGUUAUAUUGUAGUCAGUUACCUUGAAAUAUAUUCUGACUUAUACUUUGUCUGUUAGCCUUUAAAAACGUUUUUAUGGUGUAUUUUUUUUAUGUAGGUCGUGAUCCUUUGGCAGGCUUAAAUCAUUGGAAAGAUAUCAAUGCAGUUGCCGGAGUAUUACGAUGUUAUUUCCGAGAGUUGGAGGACCCUCUGUUUCCCAGAGCGUAUUAUCAAGAAUUUAUCGAUGCUAGCAGUAAGUACUCGGGUCAAUUUCCAUGUUAUCAUGCAACCAUAAUUUCAAUGGAGCGAUUUCGUACUCUCACCUAAGAAUAAACUUGUAAUGUUUGAGUCAAAACAGUAGCAUGUGAGGAUAGUCUCUGUCAAGAUAUGAUGGUCUGGAAUCUCGGCAAACUUCAAAGCUACAAAAUAGAAGAACUUUGUUUGAUGUUGAACUGUACCUCGCCGUGCACAAAUCCUUUGUCUCAACUUCAUUAAAUAGUAUUCAUCGUGGUUACACGUUUCAUCUCAGCUAUCCCUAUUGGACGGUUACUUCAUUAUACGAAAGUACAAUGAGCUCAGUUACUGAGACCGUGCACAAAUUAACAUAAACUCCGACAUAACACAAAUGACUUCUGUUUAGUUUUGAGACCAUCAUAUCUUUGAUAGACUAUGAUGUGACUGAGCCAAAAUUAUAAUCAGACAACAACAUACUGGAGUGAUUUAACCUCGGUCGGUAUCAACUGACUCGCACUUCUUUUUAUCCUUAGGAAUUUACGAUUCUGACGAGCAAGCACGAGCGCUCAAUCACGUGAUUAAGAAGCUCCCGGAUGCUGUCGUUGUUGUAAUGAAGUACUUGUUCAAGUUUUUAUUCGC